CAAAGGGAGACCUGACGUGGCGUUUCACAAAUGAAAAUAAACGAAAAUACGCGAUACGAAAUGAUCCCGAAAUAAAAUCCAGCCAAAACAAACAUGGAGGAACGCAAGGUACUGUUUUUCAUACUUUCCCUCAUAUUCUACUGUCUAUACAGCGUCAAUAUGUGGUUCCUGACGAAGAAUGAGAACCAAAACAUUGUACUGACGCCUAAAUUAAAAAUAUCCGGAUACAACCCACUGGGUAAGCCGAUCCCAUUAAUGUUUAAAGACGCCUGCAGCGUAGUAGAUGUGUUUACGAAGAAACCGCCAGUAAAUAAAGCGAGAAAGUUAAAAAUACAAGACAUGGAUACGGAUAAUAAUACGAUCACGGUGAUCGGAAUUACCGUGUUUCUAGUUAUAUUAUUGUUGAACGCGUUCCUCGAUAUACUCAAAGUGAAAGAAGAGGAGAGAGCCAGAAGGAAACUGAACCCGGAUGGUGAAAGAAGAAAAUCGCUCGCGGAAUUCGCGAAUAAGAAGAUAUUGAGAAGAGAAUCGAGCAAGUUUGGCGCACAGUUGUUCCAGAUCUCGGAAUCCGUGGCAACUACUCAAGAAGAGAAUAAAAGUAGAAAAGAAACGAGACCUUAUACUCGUGGGGAAUCCAUUAACUCUUUUCUCAGUGAAAAAACACAGAAGACGCAGGAGUCUUCUGCCCCGGCCUCGAUCGGUGAUACUUCAGACCCUAAGCUGGUCAAAAGACAGUCAGUUGCUAAACUCAUUGAUAACAAACUGCAAUGGAUCUCUCAACGGCCGGUGUACAACUACUAUCAGUGCGAGUUAAGAUUCUGGCGGAACGAGACCUUGAGGACCAUACCCUACGCGCUCUGGUACCACAUGUUUAGAGGACAACAGACUAGGAGCCUUAAUAUUAGAUCAUUACAAAUUCCAAAAUGUACCACCGAACCCAAAGGAAGAUGUCUAGUUCGUGUUAACGAGGAAUACUUAGACAUUAUUUUCCCACCGAACAAUACUGUGAUAGUAAACUUUGCUCCAGCCCCGCCAAGUCUUCUAGAAUUAUCCAGAAGAAAGCUCUAUCAAACUAUAAGUGACACAACAAAAAGACUCACUAGCGCCACCUACAGUAUUUACUCAGAUUAUACUAUUGAAGAUGAUUUUAGCAACGUUGAUAUUAAUGGUAAUACAACAGAGUAUAAAGAUGGCUGUCACAAUAGAAAUUUAAAUAGAGAGAAACAAUAUACGGUGCCAAAUGAUGUAGUGAAGAAAUACUUUGAUUAUCUACCGAGUUUUAUAAAGAAGUAUUUGUGCAACGGCCCAAUAUCGAGAUGCGAAAAUGUAAACUGCAAAGCGCCGGUUUUCGACUACGCUUACUAUGAAUUUUGUUUAGAAAAGAUAAUCCUGAUAGACAGCUCCUCAGAUGUAAUACUGAGUGCAACAUUUUGCUCCAAGUCCUGUGCCGAUUCCUGGAACGUUGGAAAACAUGUGUUGCCUUGGAAGUUGAGUUUUUAAAUAACGAGAAAUAAAGAACGUAAUUUAUUUUGU